UAACAUAUAUAACCACACUAAUUAUACAUAUUAAAAGUAUUUCUUUUUAUAUUUUAUAUACACCCAUGUUUUCUUGGGUGAAUCUCAUUGGGUGAAAGUAUGAGAACAAGCAUUACUACUAUACUUCUCCUUUCCUCUUCCGUUUCUUUAUAAUAAUAAUUUUUUUUUUAAAAACCCCAAAAUGACUUAAUUUCCAUGCAGUUAUAAACUCUGUUUGUCCUUUCUGUGUUUAUUUUGCUGAAAAGAAAUCCUGUGUGUCCUGGUCUUGUUCAGGCAGGAAAGGCAAUGAAACUGACAUCUCCGCAAGUGUAAUGGUGUGUUUUGCCGGUGGCAUUGGCAUGGAAAUGGAGAGAGGAUUUUGUUUUUCCUGAAUAGGCCGUCGUUCACACGCCAACCAUCGGCUAUUAUGAUCCGAGUUGAUCUCUAUAGGGCAAAAACCUCGCGUCCUGACUUGUCCUAACAAGUCCACUCUCAUGCUUUUUGGAUGUACACUUUGCUUUGGCAACAACCCAGACAUUUCCUUAUCCAUUUUACAAGCUUGAUUUUAAUUAUGUAUUGUUACAUGGCAAAAUGUUUUGUUGGUUUUGUUUUUUUUGAAAAGAAAAGAAAAGAAAAAGAACAAACAACUAAUUAGUGUUUUAUUUGUAACCUAAAAGAACACAUCUGAAAGUGCUGAUUGGCAACAUAAGGUUUAUUGUUUUAUUAGUUUAUCUAAUAAUAUAAAAGUUAAUUGCAGCUUUUUUCUGUUUUUUUUUUUUUUAAAUGUUAUUUUCUGUAGCAAGAUUUGAUCUAUUUGAUAACUUUAGCUUUAUUUUCUUAUAGCUGUAAAACAUGUGUAAUAAGCAUGAAUCAUUUGCUCCCAUGUGCAAACGAAUGGAGUUUACAAUAAAGAAAAGCAAGGGAGGCGGGCAGGAGGGCGGAGGCGAGAGGAGAGAGGAGAGAGGAGGGGUGCCGGGGUUAGGGGGCUUUAAAAAGGCAGCGUGUCCCUCUCAGAGAGCAUUCAUACUUGGACUCGCUUGAAGAAGGAGCUCUCUACUGGCUUGUCCCUCACUGCUGAUUCAGGACAGAGCUGAUUCGCGAGCUUCACACUCUGAAACUUGAUCGACACGGCUUCUGGGCUUUUUGACACUCGGAGACAUCAUGGAUAAGGAUACGGACGACUACGCGGACUACAUGUACGAGAUGGACAAUCUGAACAACUCGUGCGAGUACGAAGAAUUGCAAGUGUCUUACUCUCUCAUCCCCGUCCUCUACAUGCUCGUCUUCAUCCUGGGCCUUUCGGGGAACGGUGUGGUCAUCUUCAUCGUGUGGAAGGCAGAGAGCAAGCGCCGGGCGGCGGACGUCUACAUCGGGAACCUGGCUCUGGCGGACCUGACGUUUGUGGUGACCCUGCCACUGUGGGCCGUGUACUCGGCGCUGAAGUAUCACUGGCCGUUUGGUGUAGCUCUGUGCAAGCUCAGCAGCUACAUAGUGAUACUCAAUAUGUACGCCAGCGUCUUUUGCCUCACCUGCCUCAGCUUGGACCGAUACCUGGCCAUCGUGCGCUCUCUGAGAAGCUCGCAGCUCCGAACCCGUGGACGAAUGAGGGCCUCGCUCAUCGCCAUUUGGGUUCUCUCAGGCACACUGGCGUCACCCACACUGCUCUUCCGCACCACAUCGUACAAUAAGUUGACCAACCACACCUCCUGCGUCAUGGAUUUCAGCCUCGUGGCGUCCAACCAGACCGAGAACCUUUGGAUCGCCGGAUUGGGCAUCUCGUCCACGGCUUUUGGGUUCCUAAUCCCGUUGCUGGCCAUGAUGGUGUGCUACGGCUUCAUCGGCUGCACCGUGAAACGACACUUCAACAAGAACCUCCGCAAAGAAGACCAGCGCAAGCGACGCCUCCUGAAGAUCAUCACGACGUUGGUGGUGGUGUUCGCCACCUGCUGGAUGCCCUUCCACCUUCUCAAGAGCAUGGACUCCCUCUCCUACCUGGGAGUUUUGCCUGAUUCCUGCUCCCUGCUCAACUUCCUGCUCUACGCUCAUCCGUACACCACCUGCCUCGCUUACCUCAACAGCUGCCUUAACCCGUUUCUCUACGCUUUCUUCGACCUGCGUUUCAGAUCCCAGUUUUUGUGCCUCCUGAACCUGAAAAAGGCGCUGCACCAGAGCCCGGCGAGUUCUCUCUCCUCGCAAAAGACUGAAGCCCAAUCUCUAGCCACAAAGGUGUGAAGUACAGAGAAUUUUACGAGAGGAAGUCAUCUCGUUCGAGCCUUCGCAACCUGACGGUAAAUGGACAAGCAACCAUAGACUCUCGCUUGUGUAGACCUUGAGAGACUGCUCUAAUUUUUUUUUUAUCCUUUUUUGAUGAGCACAUCGGUGCGGUCUGAAUACCCCAAAGUUUUCUGGUUUUCCAGUGCCAGUCUCUUUGGCAUCGCUUCCAGAGAUCAGAGCCCACGGACAGCUGCGUUCCAGACGUUAGCGUCGGACGCAGACCUCGUAGACUCCAUGCGGACUCCUUAAGGGACCCGGUGCUGAUGGAGGAAGCCUAGUGGGUGGUCUGUGCAACUUACAAGAGAUAUUUGCUCUCACUCGACUUUGGCCAAUGAGCGCCUCCAUAAUUUUAUCGCUUCAUUUCUUAAGCACUUGGUCAUUCAUAGAUAAGGGUUGUGUCCCAGUGUCUCCUACUGAGCAAUUUACUUGUUGUCUUCAUCACUGGGGAUCAGACUAUUGGGAGGGAGGGUGGGAGGUGGGGGGUUUACGGUGCGUCAGCCGAGAAGAAGUGUUGCAGCUUGAUUAAAGAGUUGCGUGUGUGUGUGUGUGUGUGUGAGAGUGUGUUUGGGGGACUCAGAAUGCCAGAUGGCAACUGACAAAUGCUGUCGGAGGAGGGCGAGUUAAUAAGUGGCAGCUUUUACAAAUGACAGACUGCUGUGUCUGUGUGUGUGUGUGUGUGUGUGUGUGUGUGUGUGUGUGUGUGUACAUUUAUGAAAUGUAAUGGGUAGCUAACUUUCAUGAACUUCUCAUUUUUCAUGAAUUGAUCACCUGCUGUAUGACACUACUAUGAAAUCCUUUGUAAAUAAAAUGUUUAUUCCACUGAAAACUCA